AAAUUCAAAACUGGCGCGUCAGGUGUGCAACCACAUGACGUUUCCUCUCUAGUUCUCGUAGUGCGAGAAAUGGCGGACGAGAAAAAUGUGGAGAAAACAAUUUCGGAAGACUUGGUCGUUACCAAGUAUAAAAUGGCCGGAGAAAUUGUUAACAGAAUUUUGAAACAAGUUCUCGAAAAAUGUAAGCCAGGCAGCUCAGUUCGCGAGAUUUGCGAGUUCGGAGACCAGCUUAUCACGGAAGAAACGAGCAAAGUUUUCAAGAAGGAGAAGGAGCUAAAGAAGGGAAUUGCCUUCCCGACGUGUGUCUCGGUCAACAACUGUAUUUGCCAUUUUUCUCCCAUUGCCAGUGAGUCUGAUUAUGUCCUGAAGGACGGGGAUAUGGUCAAAGUUGAUUUGGGCGCGCAUAUCGACGGUUUCAUCGCCGUGGUGGCCCACACGAUAAUCCUAGGUGUCUCAAGCGAGCACAAGGCCACCGAUCGAAAAGCCGACGUAAUGCUCGCAGCACAUUAUGCUUCCGAAGCCGCUCUAAGACUACUAAAGCCCGGCAACGAAACAUACACAAUCACUGACGCCGUUCAAAGAGUGGCCGAAUCGUUCAAAUGUAAGCCAGUCGAGGGCAUGUUAAGCCACCAACUGAAACAGUUCAAAAUCGACGGCGAGAAAACCAUCAUUCAAAACCCGAACGAAGCGCAGAAGAAAGAGCACGAAAAGUUCGAACUGGACAAGCAUGAGGUGUAUGCCAUGGACGUGCUGAUCAGCACCGGCGAAGGCGUGGGCAGAGAGGGCGAUAAUCGUGUCUCGAUUUACAAAAAAACCGACGAAACUUAUCAGUUAAAACUCAAAGCUUCGAGGAUGUUUUACAGCGAAGUGCGCACCAAGCACGGGAAUAUGCCCUUCAACUUGAGGAGUUUUCAGGACGAGACCAAGGCCAAAAUGGGGGUGGUGGAGUGCGUCAAAAAUAAGUUAAUAGAACCGUUCCAAGUGCUUUACGAAAAACCGGGCGAAUUUGUGGCCCAUUUCAAGUUCACGGUGUUGUUGAUGCCGAACGGCCCCCACAAAAUCACAGGGCUGCCUUUCGACCCCGAACUGUACAAAUCGGAGCACUCCAUCAGCGAUCCACAAGUCCAGUCGAUACUCAAGAGUUCUGCUAACCCUAAAGCUGCCAAAAAGAAAAAAAGGAAGACGGAAGGUGAAGUGGACCAACCAAUGGAAGUCGAAGCUGUAGCUUAAAAACAAAUACUAGUUUUAUACAAGCUUUCUCCUCACACUCGGCACUUUGUAUUAUUUUAUUAUCUAAGUUUUGUAUUUCAUUUCUUUUUUAAAUUUUCAUGACGAGAUUUUUUCUUCAAUAAAACUGACCCCAAGUGUUGAAAUUGUUAACUUUAAUAGAUUUUAUAUUGCUGUGACAGCAAUAUGAUGAAUGAAUAAAUAUAGUGUUUGGUA